AUGCAGUUCUCUCAAAUCAUUGUGGCCGCCGCCGCUUUUUUCGCUACCCUUGCCGUCGCUGGUCCUUCCUACCCUAACUUGUUAGAUACUCGCGAGCCUCAGUGCUCCAAUGGCCAGGUUUGCGAAGGUGUUAGCUCCGACACUUGUUGUUACAACGGUGACUGUUGUUAUAACUGCUCUGAGGGCUCUGAUUCUGAGUGCUCCCCAGAGAUCACUGAGCGCUCUAUCUUCGUCGAGAUUGCUUAA